UCCACUGAACUGUCACAUGAUACAAAAAUGGCGACACUCGAUGUCAGAUUAAAAAAAGUCAACAAAGUUUACAAGGAAGGCGAUGUUGUCGCAGGUGUGGUGAUCAUACAGAGCAAGGGGGAUCUGGCUCACCAGGGCGUCACACUGUUAAUGGAGGGCUCUGUCAACCUGCAGCUCAGCGCCAAGAGUGUAGGAGUGUUUGAGGCCUUCUACAACUCAUUAAAGCCAAUCCUGUUACUUCACUACACACUUGAAGUGGCCAAACCUGGCAAGUUUCCAAAUGGGAAAACAGAAAUACCAUUUGAAGUUCCCCUCAAGGCAAAGUCUAACAAGUCCCUCUAUGAAACCUACCACGGAGUGUUUGUUAAUAUUCAGUACCAGAUAAAGGUGGACAUGAAAAGAUCGCUGUUAAAUAAAGAUCUCAACAAACAGUUGGAAUUCAUUGUGGAAUACAAGGAAACAGAGGACAGGGCGAAGCCCAAGCCCAUCAACUUCACAAUCACCCCAGAGACUCUGACCAAUCUUAAAGAGAAAGAGAAAGUACCCAAGUUCAAGGCACGAGGGAAGAUAGAUUCGUCACUGUUGUGUAUCACCAAGCCACUUACUGGAGAGAUAGUGUUGGAGAGUUGUGAGACGGGGGUCAAGUCUAUCGAGAUACAGCUUGUCCGCGUGGAAACAUGUGGAUGUGCUGAGGGGUUUGCCAAAGAUGCGACGGAGAUUCAGAACAUUCAGAUAGCAGACGGUGACAUAAUGCGCGGUUUGCCGAUCCCAAUCUUCAUGAUCUUCCCUCGUCUCUUCACGUGUCCAACACUCACAACCAGCAACUUCAAAGUCGAGUUUGAAGUGAACGUUGUCAUAAUCUUUCAAGAUGACCACUUGGUGACAGAAAACUUUCCAAUAAAACUCACAAGAUAUUAGUGGCACAUAGUGACACGUUCCUGUUAUAAAAACCAGUUUGUACUUCCAAAUGUUAGGGUCAUGGACUUAUUCUGUAUUGUAAGUUGGUGCAGAAGGAUGUGUUUGAGAAGAGUUAGCUGUGCUGGAACAAUUGCUUUAAGUCGUGCAAUAUGUUGUUCAUGUGUGCAAGUCACUUAUGUAAAAUAUCAUAUUUAUAAUAAACUUGAUUUAUA